AUGGAGCCCUCUGCCAACCAGUCAACAUCAAUCGAGUCCUCAAACCCCCCGAGCGUCGAGCAUGCCUACAAACGCAAAUGCGUCGCUCUAAAGAAGCGCUUAAAUGAGAUCGAAAAAGAGAACGAUCUCAUGCGCGUCCGUAACCGCCGCGGCUGGCAAUACAUCCACAAGAUGCGUCUCGAGUCAUGCAUUCUGCUCGAGCGUCUAGCUAAGGUCACCGGCAUGGCAGAGGAGGCCCAAGCAGGCGUCAACCCGGAGCUACGGGCCCGCGCCGCGGCAAUGAUGUCCAAUGCGGCGGUUCUGGAUCCCGGUGACAAGGAGGGUGGUGGUGCGUAUUUUGCGGAUGAUACGGAGGGGAGCUCGGAUGAACAGCCACCUACUCCCCAAGAACGGCCCCUCCGUGUGAAACGAUCCCGGAAAUCAAAUGUCGGCGACGGUGCGGAUGAUGAUGCUGCCCCUUCUGCUAACAAUGCGCCUGAGUCUUCGUCCGCUGCUGGAUCAGCCUCGCUUCCGCGGUUAGCGCCUGCCCCGUCGCAGGAGGACAUGACUUCUUCGUUCCGCAUCCAGGCGGGCAACGGCUCGGCACAAGAUAAAGAGAAUAAUACCGGCUCUGGAAGUGACCGUGGCGGUAGCCAGAACCCGGAGUCCGGGUCAAGAGAGCCUGGUCAAGGAGAGGUCUCUGUGGAACCGACGACGCCUAUGGACAUGGAUACUAAGGAGCCGAAGGAGGACAGUUAG